AUGCCGUAUUUUGUCAUGGUGGUUCUUGACUUGGAUGAGACACUUGUAUGUGCUUAUGAGACAUCUAGCUUGCCUGCCAUUGUUAAAAUUCAAGCUACGGAAGCUGGGUUGAAGUGGUUUGAGUUAGAAUGUGUGUCUUCGGACAAGGAAUGUGAUGGUAAACCAAAGAUAAGUUAUGUGACUGUGUUUGAACGACCUGGUUUGCAAGAGUUUUUGAAACAGAUCGGUGAAUUUGCUGUGCUCGUCCUAUUUACUGCUGGUCUUGAAGGCUAUGCUAGACCACUUGUUGACAGGAUAGAUGCGGAGAACCGAUUCAGCCUUCGUCUUUAUCGUCCUUCUACAGUUAGCACGGAAUAUCGAGAACAUGUGAAGGACCUGUCUAAUUUAUCAAAGGAUUUGUCUCGAGUUGUAAUCGUCGACAACAAUCCAUUUAGUUUCUUGUUACAACCCUCAAAUGGUAUACCAUGUAUUCCAUUCUCCGCUGGACAACCAUAUGAUGAUCAGCUUUUGGAAGUCCUGCUUCCACUCCUUAAACAUCUCUCCAAGCAAAAAGAUGUCAGGCCUGUGCUUUGUGAUAGAUUCCGCAUGCCAGAAUGGUUUCAAAUGCAUGGAAUUCCUGUAUUUGGUUCGCCAAUGUGAUGUUAACCAAGUUUCAAAACAGCUGGUUCUUCUCAGGCAGGUGCCUCUGGUUCUAUAUUAAGAGUUUGCGCAGAGGGUACUAUAUGUUCUUUUGAGAUUUCCUCUGGGAGAAAAAGCUUCCAGGGAGAUUCUUAACAAACCACGAAAUUUGUCAUGAAUGAGCUCAACUCUGAUUUUUUGCCCUGGCUGUAAGGAUUAAAUUGUAAGGUUUGCGAAAUAGUUAUGAAUCAAUCUUCAUGUACUCUGAAAGUGAGAUGUUUGCUUCUGAGUCUUCUCGUUGUUAUGUGAAAUCCUUCCGCUCUGAUUAGUUUUCUUCUGCCUUUUCAAACAGAAAGGUACAAGUUACAACCACAGUACGGACUUAAUAAUGGCAUUACUGAGAGGUGAUUUGUUAUGCAAGACUCUUUAGUUUCUCUUGGAUAUAUUUGCUAUGCUACAUUUAUUCA